GACCGCAUAUGCGUGGCGUCGGGCGGCAAACAACAGGUGGAGAUCUCGGCCGAGCAUAUACUGGCCUGCAGUGGGGCCGGCGAUUGCCCGUUCGGCGGCUCUUCCGCCGGCGCCUAUCAGUACUACAUAUCCGACGGUAUUGUGUCGGGCGGUCUGUACCAGAGCCACGUCGGCUGUCAACCCUACAGCCUAAAGGGCUGCGAACAUCACGUGACCGGACAUCUGCCCCCUUGCCCUAAAGAGGACGACCCGACCCCUAAAUGUCAGCACAAGUGUGUCGCCGGCUAUAACGGCACCUACCAGUCGGACCUACACUUCGGUAGCCGUGCCUAUAGUUUCAGUAAUAGGAAUGAGGAGUUACAGCAGGAUAUCAUGAAGAAUGGCCCCGUUGUCGCCAGUUUUACCGUUUAUGAAGAUUUUCCAACUUACAAGUCCGGUGUUUAUAAGCACCUGACCGGUGGUCAUUCCGGUCGUCACGCCGUGAAGAUUAUUGGAUGGGGUGUGGAGUCGGGUGUGGACUACUGGCUGGUGGCCAACUCAUGGAACCCCGAUUGGGGAGAUGAAGGCUUUUUCAAAAUUGCCCGUGGUCAUAAUGAGUGCGGAUUUGAGCAGCAAAUAGUUGCCGGUUUGCCCAAAGUUGUACUUACUUACUACUCCACAUCUCACCAAGCUCAAACAAUGGGCAAAUUAAUGCUGGUAGCGUUGUUGGCCGCGUGCGUAGCCGUGUCUUACCCAUCGCCCCAUGGCUUUAAAAGCAUGGAUGAUAUGGUAGACUAUAUUAACAGUUUGGACACAACUUGGAAGGCAACCAAAAACUUUGACAGCCGAUACCUGGACACCGUUGGCCCCAAUUUGGGUCUCUUACCCCGCAAUCCGUCAUACGUUGCCGGCGAAGCGCCCGCUUUCGACCCAUCGCUGGCUUUACCCGAAUCGUUUGACUCGCGUCAACAGUGGCCCGAUUGCAAGUCCAUCAAAGAGAUCAGAGACCAGGCCUCGUGCGGUUCGUGCUGGGCGUUCGCCGUGGCCGAGGCUAUCAGCGAUCGCAUAUGCGUGGCGUCGGGCGGCAAACAACAGGUGGAGAUCUCGGCCGAGAAUAUCAACGACUGCAGCGGCGCCGGCGGCUGUAACGGCGGUUUCAUGGAGGAGGCCUACGAGUACUACGUGAGCGACGGCGUCGUGACCGGCGGUCUGUACAAGUCCAACGUGGGCUGUCAGCCCUACACCAUUCCCGGCUGCGAGCACCACGUGUCGGGCCCUCUGCCCGCCUGUUCGGCAACAGUGCCCACACCCAAGUGUCAGGAGAAAUGCGUGGCCGGCUAUAACGGCACCUACGAGUCGGACAAACACUUUGGUAGCAAAGCAUACAGUGUCCGAUCGGUGCAGGAGAUCCAACAGGACAUCCAGAAACACGGACCAGUUGUGGCCGGAUUUAGCGUCUACACCGAUUUUCUGACCUACAAGUCCGGUGUCUACCAUCACGUGACCGGUAAGAUGGAAGGCGGACACGCCGUGAAGAUCCUGGGAUGGGGUGUGGAGUCGGGUGUGGACUACUGGCUGGUGGCCAACUCGUGGAACGCCGACUGGGGAGAUAAGGGUUACUUCAAGAUCCGUCGGGGACAUAAUGAGGGCGGUAUUGAGGGCCGCAUAUCUGCCGGUUUACCCAAGUUGUAAAUAAACAAUGAUGCUUUAUUUUAAGCUAUUUGUAUCGUAUAUUUGAUACAAUGUAAAAUAAAAUUUUAUUUCAUUCAGUA